GUCGUCUCCCGCCCUUUUGUUUUUAUUUCUGCCGUCCAGAGCAGCCCUUCCGCUGCUUCUCUGCCGCCUUCUCCCUUUUUUUCGCAGUCGCGCUGAGUCGCAAUCGUCGAGUGAGACACGUGUCUGCUUGCCUUGGCCCUGUUCUCUGUCCCCCCGUUCGGUGUUUGUGGACGACGGAGCGUUAGUGUCAUUCGCGCCGCCCGCGACUGCGACGCUCCACCCACGGCGCUCCCUUGGCCGACUGGCAGGACGCUGCUGGUGCGCAACGAUAGCAACGGCGAGAACUUCCGUUGCACACGCUCCCUCUCCUGCCGCUCAACCUCGAAGAUUCGUUCUCGAGCACGCCGCACUCGUCUGCUCGUAGAACGCACCUGCGUACCCGCGUAACGGCGCCGUCGUCCAGUCUCAUCAACAUCCCCAACGCAAAAGCCGCCCCACGAGCCGUAUAGUCAUCCACAGGCUCGGCUUGAUCUCCCUUCGUCGCCUUGUCCCAACACAUGUUGCACUAAACAGUCUUUUCACGCCCGCUUUCCGCAACACAUCGCCAUGCCAAGACCUGGCAAGCGGCGUCUCGAGGACUUCGAUCCCAACCAGAGCGACCCCAACGACUCCGACUUCAACGACGAGCCUUCCUCGCCGCAACAUUCGCGUCGUCGCUCGCACAAGAAGAAGUCCUCGUCUCACGCUCAUCGCACGCCGCAGAAGAAACGCAGCCGUCGGAACUACGGCAGCGACAGCGACAUCGUCGACGACGAUGACGACAUCUCCGAGGAGGAGUUCACUGCCUCAUCCGAGGACGAGGAGGUCGAAGUGAAUCCGGUCACGGGCCGUGCCAUCCGUAGAGCCGCGAAAAAGAAGGUUGACUACGAGGAAAGCGAGGAUGACGACGAGAAGGAUUUUAUCGAGGACACAGCCGAGUCAGACGACGGCCAACAGGAGCAGCGUGACGAGCUCACUGUAUCGCCAAAGAAAAGCCGAAAUCUGGAAACGGCCCGAAGCAAGUUGCACAGCGCGCUGCUAAAACCAUCGCGUCUCGUGAAGCUGCCCUUCACGAGGUGGGACGCCCUCUCCUUAUCCAACCGACCCACUCCUGCGCCGGAGAUAAAGGAAGAGCAAAAAGUCCAGCGAGCACGUAGCACACGCAGCCGCACUGCCAGCCACCCGCCUGUGACUGGCACACGCAGGAGCAGUCGUCUUUCGAAGGAGCCUGAGCCGCUGCAGGCAUUGUCCAGCUCUGGCCGCCACGCCAUCCCCGCGUCGCGUACCCACAGCCCGGAUUACGGCGAUGACUCUGUGAUUGAUUUGCGUCGCACCAGGGGCAGCAAAGGACCCCAGCAACACACGUCAAGCAAGCAACCCGCAAGGAAGAUGCCCAGCACGGUCAUGGAGGCAUCACAUGAGGGUACUCAGGAUUUCGAAAUGGUAGAAAACCAGGAUGGAGAUGCACCUGUUGAAGCGGAGGAGCAGGCUCCGCAGGAUGUCGUGGACAGCGUGGAAACUCAUACUGAGGAAAUUGUCGGCGAGGUUGAAGGACAGCAGGACCCCGUGACAGAGGAAGCUGCGCAGGAAGGAGAGGAGGAGGAAGGACCCGAGGAGCAGGCCAAGGAUGAGGAUAGUGAUGAGAGUGACGGCCCCGUGGGUCCAAGAAGGACGCUUAGGUCACGGGCUAAACCUGCAAAUCGAUCUCCGGCGAAGCGCAAGCGAGCCGAGGAUGAGAGCAGUGAAUUCGCCCCAGACGACGAGGCUCCCGCGGACGACGAAGACAUGUCCGAAGGCGACGACGGCCGUCGCCAAUCCAAGCGCUUACGUGCUGGCUCCAACUCUCAGUCGCAGAAUGGAGGCCGUAAAGCGCGAAACACGAACCGUAGCCGGCAGCAGUCUUCUGACGGUGAGGACAGUGAUGACAUUGACCCAGACGAGCUUGCCGAAGAAGCGCACGACCUCAAGCGACCUACGCGGGAGUCUCGGCGCACCAGGCAAGCGCAGUCGUACGCCACGGAGGGGAUCAAUUACGAGAGCGAGGGUCGCCGGCGCAGAACGACCAAGAAUGUGGACUAUAGCAUUCGCCCUCUCGAGGAGCUGUACCAAGAGGAUCAACUGGCGCUCGCUCAGUCAGACGGUGAACCGUCGCAGGGUGGCAAGAAAAGGAAGAAGCGAAAGCCUAGGGAUGUGCGUCUGCACUCGGUCCGUGGCAUCUUUGGCGGCUUCACUCACGGGCCUGCGCUGCUCACCAGCGAGCUCGACGACAUUGCAAUCAUGGGUGCAGAGCCAGAGUCCAGCGAUGAUGAGGACGACGUUCCCACCGUGCUCAAAACGCCCGCAGCACACGACGCCGCCGGUGGACCCGCGGACUUCGGCAAGAUCAACAAGGAGAAGAAAGCUGCCGGCGCAGAUGCAGAUCCUCUCGGCGUCGACGAAACUGUGAAAUUCGACGCAGUCGGCGGCUUGGACGACCACAUCAACGCGCUCAAGGAGAUGGUGCUACACCCGCUCAUGUAUCCUGAAGUAAUUGGCAAGUUUGGGGUGCAGCCCCCGCGCGGCGUGCUCUUCCAUGGUCCUCCCGGCACGGGUAAGACGCUGCUUGCCAGGGCGUUGUCGAACAGUAUCGAAACCGAAGGCAAGAAGGUUACGUUCUUCAUGCGCAAGGGCGCCGAUGCCCUCAGUAAGUGGGUUGGCGAGGCUGAACGGCAGCUCCGACUGCUGUUCGAGGAGGCGCAAAAGUGCCAACCGUCCAUCAUUUUUUUCGACGAGAUCGACGGUCUCGCUCCGACCAGGUCCAGCAAAACGGAGCAGAUCCACGCGUCCAUUGUCGCGACGCUGUUGGCGCUCAUGGACGGCAUGGACAACCGUGGUCAGGUCGUUGUUAUUGGCGCGACCAACAGACCUGACAAUGUCGACCCGGCGCUUCGACGGCCUGGACGCUUCGACAGAGAGUUUUAUUUCCCUUUGCCGGACAAGCGGGCUAGGCGUGCCAUCAUUGACAUCAACACCAAGGGCUGGGACCCUCCUCUUAGCGAUUCUUUCAAGGACCAGCUCGCGGAGCUGACGGUCGGGUACGGCGGUGCAGACCUCAGAGCCCUCUGCACCGAAGCAGCGCUCAACGCCAUCCAAGGCACCUAUCCGCAGAUCUACAAGUCUACGAAGAAAUUGCUCGUUGACCCGUCCAAGAUCAAGGUGUUGGCCAAGGACUUUAUGAUCUCGGUAAACAAAAUUACGCCAUCUUCGGCGCGAAGCCACACGUCCAAAGUGGAGCCCCUGCAGAAAUCCGUGGAGCCCCUGCUGAGGACCCCGCUGGAGAAGAUCUCGGAGAUCAUCGACCGCAUCUUGCCGAGACGGCCGAAGUUGACAGCGUUACAGGAGGCCGAAUACGAUGACCGAGACGAUGAGAAAGGCUUUGAGCGUGAGACGUUGCAAAGAGAGAUUGAUCGUGCGAGGGUAUUCCGCCCCAGGAUGCUCAUCCGUGGCUUGAGAGGUAUGGGCCAGCAUGAGCUCUCUUCAGCCCUGUUGCAUAAGCUGGAAGGGUUGUUCGUGCAACCGUUCGACAUGGCAACGUUGAUGGAGGAUUCCAGCCGGUCUCCAGAGGCGGCUGUUGUACAGCUCUUCAAGGAGGUGCGGCGCCAGAAGCCUAGCAUCAUUUUCCUCCCCGACGUGGACGUCUGGUACCAAACCGUAGGCGACAACGUGCUGAAGAUAUUUACACAGCAGCUUCGGGCUAUACCUCCCAACGACCCCGUGCUGUUGCUCGGCAUGAUGAGCACUGAUACAAUUGACGCCCGGCCUGACCCGUUAAUGAUGAGAGAUCUGUUUGGCUUUUCCAAACGCGCUGACUACGUGCUCGAACGGCCCGGCAGGGACGCACGGUACGAGUACUUCACCAGCCUCAUCUCGCUGGUCAAGAAGCCACCGAGUGAGUUCCCGGAUCCUGCAAACCGCAAAAAGAGGACUUUGCCGGAGUUGCCGGAGAUCAAAGCCAGCCCGGCAGAGAUGAGGGCCCAGGACAGGGCCAAGCGUAAGCAGCAAUACCGCGAGGAGCGCAACGCGCUGAAUCUGCUCAAGAUGAGCAUCGGCGUUGUCUUCGAGCAAGUCAAGAAGAAGUACGGCAUCCUUCGCAACGCGCAGAUACCUUUUCAGCAGUACAAAUACCUCUUCGAAGAGGCAGACGAAGGAAACGUGACAGGCGAGCUCACCGAGGAGCAGCGUCAGACGCUUCAAAAUCGCCCGUUUGUUAUAGACAAGGACCGCCACGGACGAGGCGUUUUGAGAGAGGUGGCCACGGGCAAGUACUAUUACAAUAUGGACAUCGAAGACAUCGAAGAAAGACUUGCCAAUGGGUACUACCGACGCUGGAAAGAUUUUUUGGCAGACAUCCGCACCAUCAUGCACGACGCAAUGACGAUGGAUCCGAUGGCCACUGGCGACCCGGACAAACAGGAUGACCGUCGACGCAAGACGCAGGAGCUCGUCAACAACGUCGAGGUCGACCUUGAGGCUUUCCGCCGCGAGAAGUCGCAGCUGGACCAGCAACUCGCGGUUAUGUACUCGCGCGUCCUGGAAGAGUACAAGGAGAAGAAAAGGAAGGGCAUACCGAUCAACCCUCUGGAGAAGAAGCCCAUUGGCACAACAACGAAUGCUGCGCCGAUUGUGGGUCGUCCUCCCGCCCCUGGCGAAAGACACAUGGGCCCACCACCACCAGUCACACCCGUGCGGUAUCCGCAUCCGCCCUCGCAUGUGCACACGAACGGAGACGUCGGGAGCGGGCAUCUCACUAAUGGAAGUACGGUGCCCUCGAGAGCGGACGCUGAGGGUGACGUGCACAUGGCGGACGUAGACACACGCGCUGUGGCCGGAGCGCAGCCGUAUUCGCAGACGAGCGCGCUCGAGAAGAUGAAGCCGGGCAGCCAAGUCGACGACUACCGCAACUCCGGCAGCACAACGACGGAGGGGCACAGCCAUAGCAAUCGAACGUCUGGGGCAGGUGGUUAUCCCGCUGCGGCCACUGCGCCCUCUGCAUCUCUGCAGUACAGCGCCCACACCCCAUCCGGAUUUCCCCACGGGUACGCGCCUGCACCGUCAACAGCCGGCUAUGCUUUCCAUGGCCUUGCUGGACCACAUGCUCAGUCUCAAGCCCAGGUCUACCCUGGUGCUGGCACGCCGGGUGUCGCUCAGCACAACUAUGGUGGUGCGUCUACAGGAUUUUUGCCUGCGCAGGGAGGCACCGGUGUCCCGGAGGAGCAGCCGCAACAUCACGAGAACAGCAACGGCACGGACUCACGAUACUAUCCAAACUGGGACAGUGCGGGUAGUCUUAUGGGCGGCAGUCAGAUCCCGGACACUCAGCCAGCCACGGAGCACACCAACUCCAUACCUCGCUCUCACGGCACGGCGAGCGGCUCGUCUACACAACCGGCGCCAACCGCAACAAAUAAAGUCCCGAACGACCUAGCGAGCAUCCUGAACAAGCCGGAGACGCCCAGACUUGAGCUUCGCGAGCACGAGAUCGAGAUGCUGCACGACAUGCUCGCGGACAAGACGAGUGGGUUCAGUGUGGAACAGCUGGUCCAAUGCAUGGCGGAGCUGGUCAACGAAGUCGUCAGAUUGAGUGGUGAGUGGGACAAGAGGGUUGUGGUGCAGCGGCUGCGUGAUGUGUUCGAAGAGUGUAGGAGGGACAUUGAGGAAAUGCAGCUCGUCAUGGAUGGCAGCUACGGAAUAUGAGGACUAGAUAGAUCUUUUGUCUAGGGAACGCGCAAGCGAGGGGAACACGGCGGCCCGGGAGGCUGGGGAAAAGCAUAGCGCGGCGUUUGCAAAACCGUUCUUAUGUCUGCUUGAAUCACUUGAACGGUCUCUUACGGUUGAAAUCUUUUUUUUUUUUCUCACUUGGGACAAACACUGGCUCCGCUACGUGGAAAGCGUAUUUUAUUUUUUGUUUGUCAACCCCCCUUUUCACACGUUCUGUAGAAAGCUUGAGUGUAUAUGGCAGGCGCACGUCUUGCACGACGAGAGAAUAUAAGAUGUUUGGGUCCCUGCACGAGACCUUUCUUCGAAAAAUAAAAUAAACCACAUCCCC